UUAUCAAUUGACGUCCUAACAAUACCGGUUGUUGUUUAACCAAUACCAAUUUUUCAUACAAUAGCAUAGUGGAGGUAACAUUAAAACUAUGGCAGUGGGCAAGACCGACGUUGGGCAAGUCAAGAAUGUUUAAAUUUGAUUUUCAAAGCAUUUUGAACUGUCUCGUCUUACAUUUGGUCCUACAUCGUCGUAAUGGCGAUUUUCACUUUCGGGGUUUUGAUUGCCGUAUUUUGUAUGUAUGAAUGUGUGAAACGCAGAAAGUGUUGCAAGAGGAACGCACUAACAACAAACGAAGAAGCAGCCGAAGAAAACGAUGCAGCAAUCGGCAGAAAUGAAGUUGAGAGUAGAAGAACGCCUACAACAGCCACAAACGGUAGAACAGCAAUUAAAAACGAAGUAGAUAAAGUAGAUGUGUGUAAUGAAGUACACAAUGGAGACGGAAAUGCAAUUACCAAAGGCAAAACUGAAAACAGAGAGACUGCAACACAUAUAAACGAUCCAACAGCAAAUGGAAACGGAGUACAUCACAUCGUAACUGAGGUCACAGUCAACGGAAAUGCAGCAAUUGAACUUGAACAAAUAACUCAUCAAAAUAGCACUAAACAAAAUACGAAAACCGUUGAAACAGCAAUAUUGUAACACGACAAACUCUUUUAUAAAUAUGUUGCUAGCUUGAAAUUCGUGAAUGAAUAAAUGAAUGUAACUUA